AAAGGAAGACACCUACCGCUAUGAGGCAAAUCUUUACUGUGUUAAUUUUGAUAUAUUUUUCUUCACAAGUAACUCCAAAAUAGGUCGAUACCGACGUCGACCAUCAGACAUGUGAUAAUUUAGAAAAGAAAACAUAUGAAAUAGAGACCAACAUAGCAGAGCUGAAAACUCAGAUGUGUGGACUUGAAGGGAAAUUCAAGGAACAGAAAUAUAAAUAUGAAAGCCAGUUGGGGAAAAUGGCUGCUAAUAUGACUGCCGUGACGAAUGUUAUUGAAGACCACACAAAUCUACUGACCACACUGAGAGAGGACAUUGACAAUCUAGUCGAACGUUUGGACAAAAAAUCUUCAACCCCUGCACCGACAGACCACUACGUGUGUCCAGCAAACUGGUUGAAGUAUAACGCCACAUGCAUUUACUUUGGGAGCGACCAGAUAACCUGGACCGAAGCUAAGUUUCAUUGUCAAAUGUAUGGUGCUCAUCUUCUGGUUGUUGACAGCGAAGAAUUGAACACAUUCUUGAAGAUCAGGCUACGGGCUGUUGACGGAAACAAUCAUUAUGUUGGAGGAAUUGACUUUGGUCGACACAACUGGAUAUGGGACUAUACCAAUCGCGAAUUUGACUACACCGACUGGAGGUCAAGCCAGCCGAGUGGUGGGAGAAGCGAGCACUGUAUGGUGAUCUGUUCUGGGUCAAGCUGUCAGUGGAAUGACGUUGACUGUUACUCUCAAUAUAAAUAUAUAUGUCAGAAAGACGUCGUCCUUGGUUGAUGGAUGAGAUGAACACGCAGAUUUCUAGUUACAAGAUACGGGGAUGUUUUACUCAACCCCAUGUGCUCCUACACCGGAGGCAUUCUCUAAUUUCAAAUCAGAUAUUAAUUGUAUUCUUUAAAUGAUAUUAAAAACUUGUAAAGCAACACAGAAA